UUUAAUUGUUCAUCAAAGUUGGCUGAUGUUUGGAUGUCAAAUGUUUACAAGCCAACUAACCAUCUGUUGAUUUGUUGAUCCAACUCGAAAUGACAAUCAAAACUACGUUUAUGACCGGCUUUAAGAAUCGGAAGUAUUCCAUCUCCAAGUUAGAAUAAUGAUUACCUGUUAUCCUAUCAGCUGUUUUCUUGUUGUGUUGUCAGUUCAGUGUUGUCAUGUAGUUCUGGCAUAUUCAAGAUUUUCAAAAAAUAUGCCGAUUUGAAUCCGGUUGCAUUUUACUUAUUUUUCUGAUAUUCUGAAUGGGGUUCUGCCCAAGAUGCCGCAGAUAGAAGUCGCACUUUCAGAACAAUGCGGAUCUACUGGAAAUGUUAUUGCAUAUGGAAGAGGAGGCAAGUUGAAAAGUUUAUUAUUCUUCCAUACAGGCCCUAAUGAGAUAGCUCCAAUUUUCCAGUCUACUCCUUUUUUUGUGGCCUUAAGGCGGCUUGGAGGAUUCUUUAGAGAGCUGUUGCUACCCCAUGGUUAUCCUGAUAGUGUCAGCCCAGACUACCUGCAAUAUCAGAUAUGGGAUACAGCUCAAGCAUUUUGCAGUACUAUAACAGGUGCUUUCACUACCCGAGCAGUGUUGAAGGGUGUUGGUGUUGGUGAUGCUAAUGCCAAUGCCCUUUCAGCAGCAAUCACAUGGAUCCUUAAAGAUGGCACUGGAAUGAUUGGGAGGAUUACUUUUGCUUGGUGGAAGGGAAACAAACUGGAUUCUGAAUGCAAAAAGUGGCGACUAUUUGCAGACAUUCUAAAUGAUUUAGCCAUGGUGACUGAAUUAUUUGUCCCUCAGUUUCAAGCAAAUUCUAUGCAGAUCCUUUGUACUACAUCAGCCAUGAAAUCAAUAGUAGGUGUAGCAGGGGGCGCAACGAGAGCUUCCAUAACCCACCACCAGGCUAUCAGGGACAAUAUGGCGGAGAUAUCGGCCAAAGAUGGCAGCCAAGAAACGAUGGUAAAUCUGGUCGCUAGCGCAUUGAGCAUAUACCUGUUGCAAAUGCUCAACGGAAACGUGGCAGAAUGGUCUUUCAUCGCAACCCUUAUUAUUUUACAUAUAACAUUCAAUUAUCUGGCUGUUAAAUCGUUGAUAUUCGAUACGUUCAAUGACCAAAGAAUGGCUUUGGUACUCAAGACAUAUUUUAAUGUUGGCACAGUUUUAAAUCCAGUGAAAGUCAACAAAAACGAAGCUGUGAUAUUAGGAUUUGGGGUCAAAGAUAUACACUGUACAGGACAGAAUAAGUUUGUAACUGUUGAUCGCUUUUUCAUGAAACCAAGCUGUUGAGUUAUUAAAGUAUUAUGCACAUGCCAAUAAAUUGCAUCAUAAAUAAGAAACUUAUUAUUACUAGUCCUGUAGUUUUUUCUAACCUUAGAUCAUACUCCCUAGUAUCUAGUUUGAAAUAAGAUGGAUAUUAAGAUAACCCAUACUGAUCGAUACCGAUUUCCAGUGAAGAAUUACUGCGGAUUCAAAAUCAUAGUAGGUGAAUCAUUGCAGAGCGUAUUGAAAAGAUACACCUGGGCUGACGUUACACAGGUUCUCUCCGUAUAUAGAGACAAAAAUUAUUUAUUGCUUGUCGAUCUAGAGAAACGGAAAGUAUAUGUUUCAAUGUUGAAAGGCGAAACUGUUGAACAACUGGUAGCAGCAUACUUCCAUGCUGUUUGCCUAGCUGUUGCAACUUCCAUAUACAACGGCGUUAACCUGGAUAUUUACUCAAAAAGGCAACUACGCCAUCCAACUCCCAUAACAAGGAUAUAUACGUUUAUGAAGUCCUAUGAAAGAGCUACACGUUACAGUAACAUUCCAAUCAACCAAUUAUUAGAUUUUAAUGAUUUCGUGAAACAAGAGUAUGCUAUGUUUGAUACUGCCUUACGUAUAAACGGAUGGAGUUUAGCUUCACAUUCUUUGACGGUAGGUGAAUGGAGAAGCGAUUGGGAAUCGCAAUUCAAAAAGGAUAGGUGAUAUGAUUGAAAAUCUAAAUGUAACCGUAUUGUCUUUCUGUAACGAAUAAAGUGUAUUUUCACUAAGUA